AUGGCUGCUGCGAAGAAAGCUUUCCAGAUAAGACUACCACCUCUACCAAGUAUUAAAGAUGUCAUUAAACUCUACAAACUUCGUGCUCUCAGGGAACUCUCUCAGAAUUUUCUCAUGGAACCUCGUUUAAUAGACAAAAUAGUAAAUGCCGCUGGUAAUAUAGAAAAUCACGUAGUCUGCGAGGUUGGACCCGGCCCUGGCGGAAUCACACGAUCCAUUAUCCAAAGAGGUCCAAGAAAAGUAAUUUUGAUUGAAAAAGAUCGUCGUUUUACACCAUCUUUAGAACUUAUAGCCGACGCAUGUAAGAACAAAGUGGACGUUGACAUCAUAACUGGUGACAUUUUGAAGACUAACAUAGCUCAGUAUAUUCCCGAAGAUGCGAAGACAGAUUGGCUGGACUCGCCGCCCCCCAUUAAUUUAAUUGGAAACUUGCCAUUUAGUGUGUCCACAAUAUUGAUAAUUCGUUGGCUAGAAAUGAUAUCAAAGCAAGAAGGUCCAUGGGCUUUUGGGAGAACUAGAAUGACACUGACAUUUCAAAAAGAAGUUGCUGAGAGGAUGGCGGCGAGAAUUCUGCAUGAUCAGAGGUGCAGGCUGUCUGUGAUGUGCCAGAACUGGUGCAAUGUCAACUACAAGUUUGAUAUCUCCGGAGCAGCGUUUCUUCCAAAGCCUGAUGUUGAUGUAGGAGUAGUAACCCUAACUCCUCUGAAGCAUCCCAUUAUAAAAUUACCUUUUAAAUUGGUUGAGAAAGUUGUCCGCCAGAUAUUUUCCAUGAGACAAAAGUAUUCGAUCAGAGGGGCUCAGACAUUGUUUCCUGAAGAUGUUAGAGAAGAAAUGGCUUUGAGGAUGUACAAAAUGGCUGAAAUAGAUCCUGUGACCAGACCUUUUCAGAUAGCUAACAUGGAAUUUGCCAGAAUAUGUCACGCAUACAAUGAAAUUAUUAAAAAGUAUCCUGAAUUUGAGCACUAUGAUUAUAGAGCGCAAAAGGUUGGCAAAAAAGUGGUAGUGCAAGAAGUUUAA